UUAAAUGUCUAUAUAAUUGUUAUAUUAUUGUACUUAUUUAAAAACUACUCUUGUUUACAUCAAUAAUAUUUGAACGUACCCAUAGAAAAGGAUAUCAAAAAAGUUACUUUAAUUAAUAAUACGGAAUAGAAAGAAAAUGAAGAUUAAACGAAACAAAUCAUUAACACCGGAACCUUCUAGCAGUAGCAAUGGACCAAAAAAAUCCAAAUUCGAAAUAGAAUCGCAUAUAAAUUUGCAAGAUUUUUGUGAUGACAUUUUAUUGAAUAUAUUGAAGUAUUUAACUCCGUCAGAUCUUUUGUCAAUAAGCUUAUGUAGUCAACGUUUGUUACGAUUAAGCCAUGACAGAACAUUAUGGAAAAGAAUUGAUUUUCGCAAAGAUCAAAUAUCUUUGGCAGAAAUAGAAAAAUAUUCGAAAUUCUUUCAAAGAACAACAACUAGUCUAUCGAUGCGUGGUGAUUUGAAAGCCAAAGAGUAUAUGAAAUUGCCACCAUCAUUUUUUCGUAACUUAAGCAAACAAUGCACUCAGCUUAAGGAAUUAAUUAUAGAAGAAUAUUAUAUAGAUGGUAAUAAGAUUGAAAUAACGGAUUUUCCACGAACGCUUGAAAAGCUUUCAUUCGAAGGAUGUAAAAUGGAUCAUUUGCAAACUAACAAGUCAUAUUUCUUCAAAAUUGAUCUCCACAUGGCUAAUUUAACAUGUUUAAUUUUAAGUAAUUGUCAAUGGCUCUUGCCACAUUCUUUAUUAGUAAUUAGUAAAAUAGCCAAACUUAAAGAACUUAGAAUGAAUUCUUGUCAUCGUUUGGGUGAAUGCGUGGCUUAUUCAAGUUUGGCUACCAGAUUUGGAUUUAAAAAAUUAGAGACUUUAGAUUUACGUGAUACUGCACUUGGAGAUAGCGAAGUUAGUUGCUUUAGUGGUACUAAAACAUUGAGACAUUUAUAUUUGGAAUAUCCAGCUAAUUUUUUAAGCUACGGAGACUUAGAUCCACCAUUAGAAGAUGAAAAUUUCAUUGAGUAUGUACCUGAAAAUCAUUGGGACAAUGAUGCAUAUGAAGGACGUUUUAUCUCAGACAGGGCUAUUCGUGCCAUAGGAACUACUGCUAAAAAAGUCAUUCACACUUCUCCACAUGGGAUAUUAAUAUUAGAAGAAGAAAAUCGUAUAUUUAACAAUCCACCACUUAAAACAUUAGUCGUUAGGAAUUAUUCACAGAUCACUAAUUCUAGUCUUAUUUAUUUAUCAAAUCACAUAUUAAGUUUAGAAACAUUGGAUGUAACUGGUACAUCGGUUACCAAACAAGGUGUUCAAACGUUCAAAUCAAAAAGACCUAAUGUUAAAGUUAUUUCUUCGUUCGAUGAUACGUAGUUACUCUUUUUUUCUUUUUUUUUAAAUAUAUUUGUAAGUCUUUAUUAUCGUGCACGAGCAUUCGAUGUUUUAUAUAUAAUUGUCAUACCUUCGAAAAGGCAUUUGUUUAUAAACAAUUACAACGUAAAAAA